AUGAAGGAGAGUGAAAUAAACGAUCCUACGACAGAGAAGGUCGAGCGUAUAGAGCAGAUCUCUCCAACCUACGGUCACAAAGAAGAGAAAGCAGCAGGGGUCCUUGAUGUUGAGAGCCGUGCUCGAGGAAAUCUCAAUGCCGUCUUCGAAAAUCCUCUGGCUGGAGUUCCCCGCGAGCAACUUUUCAAAGAUGUCGUGGAAUUUUGCCAGAAAUACGACUUGAUGGAUCACGUUGAGACUUUCAAAAAGGGAGCCCUUAUCUCGCAAGAUCCUGCAUCAGCAACCAGUCUUCCUGAAUUGUCGGAUCACGAAAGGGAAGCUUUAGAGCGGGAACAUACGCACAAGUGGUCACAGCCGUGGCAGCUUUAUUUCCUUGCCUCCAUGUGCUCACUCGCAGCGGCGGUCCAGGGUAUGGAUGAGACUGUCAAUAACGGUGCCCAGGCUAUCUACUUUGCUGAGGAUCAACUCAACAUUACAUCCAAAAACAUCCAAGGACUUGUUGUUGGUGCCCCAUAUCUGGCAUGUGCAAUUAUCGGUUGCUGGCUUACCGAACCCUUGAAUCGGUUCUUUGCCCGGCGUGGCACAAUCUUCAUUUCAUGCUUAAUUGCAGCUGUUGCCUCAGUAUGGGAAGGCGUUGCAAACAGCUGGGUCAACCUAUUUAUUGCCCGCUUCGUCCUUGGUUUGGGUAUUGGUUCCAAAUCAAGCACUGUGCCCGUGUAUGCUGCAGAAUGUUCCCCGGCCCCAAUUCGUGGUGCUCUGGUCAUGAUGUGGCAGAUGUGGACGGCUUUCGGUAUCAUGCUUGGCAACAUCAUGGGUGUUGCUUUCAUGAGCCUAGAUCGAGAUCUCAGCUGGCGUCUCAUGCUAGGAUCUACUGUCGUACUGCCGUUGAUUGUCUGCGCACAGGUCUACUUUUGCCCAGAAUCCCCGAGGUGGUUGAUCCAGCACGGCAAGAUUCAAAAGGCCUAUACCAACUUUCGAAUUCUUCGGCCCACUGAUAUCCAGGCGGCAAGAGAUCUGUAUUAUGCGCAUGUUGGUGUCGAGCUUGAACGGAAAAUCAACAAAGGCAAGAAUUUCUUCACCAUGUUCAUCGAACUCUUCACUAUUCCCCGCAACCGCCGCGCCACAAUCGCUAGCUGGAUCGUGAUGUUCAUGCAGCAAUUUUGUGGAGUCAAUGUUAUCGCCUAUUAUUCCACCUCCGUCUUCACAGAGGCAAGUUACAGUCUGACCAGUGCACUGCUUGCAUCUAUGGGAACUGGUAUUCUCAACUGGGUUUUUGCCUUACCGGCCUUCUUCACGAUUGAUACGUGGGGCAGACGAAACCUGCUCCUGUUUACAUUUCCCUUCCUCGCUAUUACCCUCCUAUGGACUGGCUUUUCUUUCUGGAUUGAAGAAGAUAAUGCAACAAGCAAAAAGAGAGUUGCAAUGGUCACUACGGGCAUGUACCUGUUUGAAAUAUUUUACUCCCCCGGCGAGGGACCCGUUCCAUUCGCUUACUCUGCUGAAUGCUUCCCACUAAAUGUCCGUGAAGUAGGCAUGUCUUGGGCAACGGCAACUACCUGGUGCUUCAAUUUCAUUUUAUCUUUCACUUGGCCACAUCUUGUUGAAGCUUUCAAGCCACAGGGUGCCUUUGGUUGGUAUGCUGCUUGGUGCAUCAUCGGCUGGUUCUUGGUUUUGCUGUUCGUGCCUGAAACAAAGUCUCUUACUCUGGAGGAACUAGACCAGGUCUUCUCCGUCUCUACUCGCAAGCACGCGUCGUAUCAGAUCAAAAAUGCUCUCUGGCAUUUCCGAGUCUGGGUUCUUCGUCAAAAGCUCGAGCCAUUGCCAGACUUCUACCAAGGUGCAGAGCGUCUCGCGGAAGUGGGCGAUAAAGCAUUCAUGCCAGAGGCGAAAGGAGGGAAGAAUCUGUCUUGA